AGUGACGGUAGGACCGGACAGCACGGGACCGUUUCAGACACAUACACCCGGUACCUGAUGAUGAACAAUCACCGGAGGAGAUUCCAAGCUGUAGAAUAGAAUAGAACAGAACAGAAUAGAAUAGAAUAGAAUGUUGUGGAAAUAUUGAUCCCAAACAAAAGCUGAUUUGGGGAAACGGAAGCAGAUUCGUAAAGUUUCGCUGCUGUCUGAGGCCUGCGCGGGUCAGAUGCGCGUCCACGCGUCUCUUGUACACCUGUCCGGUGAGCUCCGCGUCUCUCUCGCUGGAUGUAUCGAGACUUUUAAAGGGAUUUGAACUCAAUUAAACGGCACGAUGAAGGAGAAAUCGAAGACAGCGGCGAGGACGCGCAGGGAGAAGGAGAACAGCGAGUUCUACGAGCUCGCCAAAAUGCUGCCGUUACCGUCCGCGAUCACGUCUCAGCUGGACAAAGCGUCCAUCAUCCGCCUGACCAGCAGCUACCUGAAGAUGCGACUGGUGUUCCCGCAAGGUUUGGGGGAGGUGUGGGGUCGAGCCAGAUCUAUAGAUAACACCACGCAUGAGCUCGGAUCUCAUUUACUCCAGGUAAUAAUCAGCAAGAUGCUUCAGACGUUAGACGGGUUUAUAUUUGUAGUUGCUGCCGAUGGAAAGAUCAUGUACAUUUCUGAGACGGCGUCGGUUCAUCUGGGACUCUCACAGGUAGAAUUGACCGGAAACAGUAUUUAUGAAUAUGUUCAUCCGGCCGACCAUGACGAGAUGGCCGCGGUUCUGACGCCACAACCGUCAUACCACUCGCACUUCAUCCAAGAGUAUGAAGUGGAGCGAUCCUUCUUCUUGAGAAUGAAAUGUGUUUUGGCUAAGCGUAACGCCGGGCUCACGAGUGGAGGAUAUAAGGUGAUCCACUGCAGCGGCUAUCUGAAGAUCCGGCCGCUGGGUCUGGACGCGUCUCCGUUCGACGGCUGUUAUCAGAACGUGGGUCUGGUGGCGGUGGGACACACGUUACCGCCCAGCGCCGUCACCGAGAUCAAACUUCACAGCAACAUGUUCAUGUUUCGGGCCAGUCUGGAUAUGAAGCUCAUUUUCCUGGACUCAAGGGUUUCAGAGCUGACAGGAUAUGAGCCACAGGACCUGAUUGAGAAGACCCUGUAUCAUCACGUGCACAGCUGUGACAGUUUCCACCUGCGCUGCGCUCAUCACCUCCUGCUGGUGAAAGGACAGGUCACCACUAAGUAUUACCGCUUCUUGUCGAAGCACGGCGGAUGGGUUUGGGUUCAGAGUUACGCCACAAUCGUGCACAACAGCCGCUCGUCUCGGCCGCACUGCAUCGUCAGCGUCAAUUACGUCCUCACGGACACUGAAUAUAAGGGCCUGCUGCUGUCUCUGGACCAGCUGAACCCCAGUAAACCUGCGUUCCCGUACACGAACCACACCGAGCGAGAGGACAAACCUCAAGUGUCGAACGCCAGGAGUAAGAUCUUGGUUUCUCCUUACUCACAGCAGUUCUCGGCCUUCCAGCCGGAUCGCUCGGAUUCCGAGCCCGACAGCCAAUGGGGCGGCAGUCCUCUGACAGACUCCGCCUCUCCGCAGCGCCUGGAUCACGGCGACGCUGACAGACGCUUCCCCGAGGCGGGAGUUUCCCUGUGUUACGGUCUCUCUCAGGCUGACGUCAUGCACAUGGCCUCACACGCGUGUCCUCCAGCACACGCACACGUGCCGCCGUGUGAUCCGGCCGGACGUUACGGCUGGUGGGACGCCACGCGAUCUGUCCCGUCUCUUACUAAAGCAACUCAACACAACGGAGGAGAGUUCGACGGCAGAGCGUUUCCUCAUGCUCACGCUCACUGGGAUGACGAGUGCGUGGUCAGUUCUCCGGAAGGAGGAGGAGGGUCGUCGGGUGAUUCUGGAGACAGUUGCCAUGACAACGGGCCGUUUCACUCGAGCCCACGGGAGUCCGAGAGGAUGGAAACCCUGAUCAGAGCCAAACAGGAGCUGAUUAAGGUGGAGGACAGUCAGAUGAGAGAUUACCCCUCUUCCGUCCUGUUUUCCUCCAUGGUCUGCCGAGGGCCACCGGGGCCCCGCCUCAUCCUGAGCCGAGACGACGACCAGGACGGGAGAAGUCCCGCGUCUCUGUCCGGUCUGAGCAGUCCGGGGUCUGCGGGCGACUGUCGGCAGCCGCUGGACAGAGAGACGCUGGACGGGCUGGUGCGCUCGGGUCGCCUGGAGCCUCCCGACGGGGCCGAGAGCCUGAGAGCUUUUCCCGCUCAUUACGAUGUGAACUCACACAUGCACUUUCAGACGAGCGCCGCGCACACACACAACGGCACGUCGGUCAUUAUCAGCAACGGCAGCUGACGGGAAAAACGCUCCUCUACCUUCUCAGCUGGAGACGAACCGAUCGGCUAAAAAAAUCAAUGUUAACAUGGAAAAAAGAAGGAAAAAUCCCUCAUCACACCAGUACUGUCAAGAACACGUGUAGGUCACAUCUCAACCCGAAGAAAACGAAUA